GAAAAUUCAAAGUAUAAAAUAAAAAUACAAAUACAAAUAAAAAACAAAAGUGCAAUACAACAAAAGAAGUGUGCAACAAAAAUGUCAAGUGCAAAAAAUGCUGCUGCCAGCCAAACAAGCCAAGUUCAAGUCUUAAAUUCAUAGUAAAACUCAACAAACAAACUAAAACAACAGCAAACAAAAAACGUAGAAAAAGGCGUUUAAAAGUUCUGCAACUGCCGCAACCAAAUAAAAACGCUACGAAAACGCCAGUAAAACGCGCGCGCCGCUCGCUUAAAAAAAAAUUGAAACAUAUAUAUUAAUAUAGCCCAGAAAAUUAACUCGAAAAUGUCCACUAGCCGCCGUUUGGCCAAACGCUCAAUAAUUGGCACCAAAGUGUGCGCACCCGGCCCCGACGGCCUCUGGUACUCGGGCGUCAUUCAGGACGUUAAAACGCCGACAUCCAUGUCCUCCACGCCGGAGCCAAUGCCGCCGCCCACCUUCCUGGCACCGGGCGAUGCCCAGUUGAACGCGGACACGCGCUAUAUUGUGCGUUUCGAUUUUAAGACCCAAUCGCUGCCGUCUGGCGUCACCGCAAACGCAUCGGCGUCCGCGUCCUCGUCCGCGUCCUCGGAAUCGGUUAUUGUGGAGACGCGACGCGCCGCUGCCGCCGCCAAUGUGCACAUCAGUCCGGCUCAGGCAUUGCGCCGCAACGCCAUGACAAAGGAGUUUCGCGAAUCGGACCUUAUCGGGCCUGGCUUUCGAUCCAUUAUGAGCAUACAGCUCCAGCCCGGACAGCGCAUCUUUCUCACCUACAAUGGACGCGAGCAGAGCGGCGACGUGGUCCUGCACGAUGUCGCCAAAGAUGAGGUGGUCGUCAAGAUAACCACAGCUGGAAAUGAGGAACCCAUCGAGCUGAAGAAGCGUUUGGAGGAAGUGCGCCUGCUGGAGUCACGGCGCUCGGCUCGUCUGGCCGAUCAGGAUCGCGACACGGACUUUGCUCGCCUGGCCGACAUGGGAGGCGACCGCCGCCGUACCACACACAGUAUUGAGGUGCCAUUGACGCCACUGACGCCGCCGAACAACUCACGGAAGCGUCCGCCAAGCGACUCUUAUGAUUGCAGCAGCGAUCAAUGCAAAGUGGACGAUAUGAAUGAAUGCAAUGCAGCAUUAAUUUUAAUGAAUCUACACAAUUCGCCGCAUGCCGUUUCAGACAAAUGGCUGGGCUCCAGUCCAGGCAGCAGCUCGUCAGCCUCUUGGAGCUCUGGCUCGGCCUCGCCGCCGCUGAGCGAUGAUGGAAAUGUGCUGCACGGUCACAUCAUUUUGUCGCCGCAAUGUGCGGCCAGUGCAUCAGCCAAUGCACGCAUACGCACAACCUCGGUAUCCACAUCAGAUGAGGGUAUUGUCAUCGACUUCAAGGAGGAGCGCAAGAAGAAGGUGAGUGCUUGCCACACAGCAUUGCCACAUUGCUCGACAUCCCGACUCUACCAAAUGCCCAAUGCAUUGAAAAAAUUCCGUUGUACCUGGAAAGGAUGCGGCAUUGUGGAGCCCACACAACUGAAAAUUGAACGACACGUGCGGGACAAACAUUUGGGUAAAAAAGCCAGACGCUCUGGCGAUAACGAUUCCUGCAGUGAUAAUGAGCACGAAGAGGAAUUUUAUUACACAGAAGACGAUGACGAUGACGAGUUGGUCAAAACGCCUAGUCCUGCAUCUCCACCCACGCUCAGCCACCGGGACAUGGCACGUCCGCCGCACGAGGAUCCAGAAUACCAAAGACAGAUCGUUGGCAACUUCAAACAAGGACGUGCUAUGAAUAACUAUCACCACCUAACGCAUCAGCAGGCACAGCUACAUCACAGCAGCAGCAAUGGUCACAUCACAAACACCCAGCACCAGCAACUGCAGAGCAACAACACGAGCUGCAUACCGACUUCGCCGCUGGCGCAUCACAAUUACACUUGGCCAUCCACCGGUGCGAUCACAGUAAGCGCAUCCUCUACGAACACCCACCAGGCGCACCACAGCAGCAGCAGCAGCAGCAGUGGCAGCGGCACCGGCACCGGCGCCGGCAGCAGCUCGGCGACACUCAACAAACAGGCACGCGCAUCGUCGUCGCGUCCGUCCCACUCGACAGCGCCAUAUCCAUCGCCGACUUACGUCCAUCAUCAUCAUCACAAUUACAGCAAUAGCAGCAUUGGCAGCGCUGUCAGCAGCAGCAAUAGCAGCAACAGCAGCAGUAGCAACAGCAGUCCGGUCAUACACAGCAAUAGCAGUGCCAACAACAUGUUGCAGCAAUUGUCGCAGCAGAAUGUCACGGUUACGGCGCACCACAGCCACAACAACAGUGGGGUCACCCAAGCGCAGCAGCAACAGCAACAACACCACCUGUCUGGCGUGACAAUCACGGCCAACUACCAUCCGCCGCAACAGCAGCAGCAGCAGCAUCAACAGCAGCACUUGCGCGGCCAGCAACAGACAACUGCCAGCAACAAUUUGGUUGCCAAUUCCGGCCAGCACAUGCCACUGCAACAUGUGGCCGUGCAGCAGGCGGUGAGCGCGGCCAGGAAUACACCAAACUCACCGAACCGACGUACGCGCGGCGAGAACAAGAAAUGCCGCAAGGUCUACGGCAUGGAGCGACGCGAUCAAUGGUGCACUCAGUGCCGAUGGAAGAAGGCUUGCAGUCGCUUUGGUGACUGAAAGCGACAGAAAUCGUCGACGGAGGCAGCAGCCCAUGCGUCGGCGACACUGCGGCAAGUAGCAACAUCAACAGCAACAUCAGCAGCAGCAGCAGUUGCUGCUAAAAUGACAACAACUGUGGUGCGAUUGGCGGCCGAGGUGGCGGCGGGCAAACAGCUGCCUGCCUCGCUCACUAUCAAAACCAAUAAACGCUAUGGCAUACACCACAUACAACCACAGACCAGCAACAGCAUCAGCAGCAAUAGCAACCACAUUCACAGCAGCAGCAGCAGCAUCACCAACACCAUCACCAAUAAUAUCAAUAGAUUGCCGCGCAUUAAGAGCGUUGCCACUUCGGUGAUUGUAUCGCCCGCUGUCGUAGUGGCCAGGCCAAUGCGCACACCCUCGCCCACCACCAGCAGCAGCAAUGAUGAAGGAGUUGCCAACGACAAUGCCGAUGUACAGAUGGAAGAGGUUGCUGCUGCCAAUGGGCUGCUGGCUUGGAGCCGGGCUGCCGCUGCGGGCCAGCAGCAGCAGAAACAGCAGCAGACAAUGCUGCUCCAGGUCUAAGUUGUUGCCGUGUCAUCCGUAUUGCUGUUGUUUUUGCAAAGAAAGAGUUCGCCGCUAAGAAAAAAAAAACAAACAAAAAAAAAAACAAACAAACAACAAAUUAAUGAAAAUUAAUAUAUAAAUGGUCUCUUCUUAUUUACUCUGCAUUGAAUUGUGCAAACCUUAAACGUAACGGUAUCUCUUUGUUGUUGUGCUUGUGUUGCCAACUGCCGUGCAAAUGUUGCUAACAUUUGCGCUGGGCAACAUUUGCAAUAAACAAUAAUAAUAAUUAUUAUUAUGCAUAAAUAUACAUAAAAAUACAUACAUAUUUAUUUUAAAACCUGAUUUUGUUAAUUCUUAUGUUAAAAACAAAACAAAACAAAAAAAAAAAAACAAAAACAAACAGUGGCAAAGAUUUUUCGCUGCGCUUCGUUUGGCCAGCAAUUUUUAUAUACAUGUAAAACCGCAAAAAAAAAAAAGGAACACCACAAGCAUAUAAAUAUAAAUAUGUAUACAAAAAAUGCAAAAGGAAAAACAUAUUACAAAAAAAAGAAAACAAAAAGCAAACAAAUCUUAAACAAAUAUACAUCUGAUUUUUUUAGUUUGUAAGACUCUAGUAAAUUUUUUCUUAGUAUUAGUGCAAUUUUUGUUCUUCUUCUUGCUCCCAAAAUAUUCAAAAGAAAGUAAAUAAAACAACAAAAAAAUGCAAAUCAAAAUAUAAAAAUAACCGAACUAUGCAUAAACAUAUAAAUAUUUAAAGCGUUACAUCAACAUAUUAAUCAAAGAAUUCAAGAACAUACAAGCAUAUAAAUAGUGAAAUUAUUUGUGUAUAAUUAAAAUUCAAAACAGUUUAACCAAUUGUAUGUGUGUGUUAAAUCGCUAAGAAUUAAGUAUUAAGCAACUUCAUGCAUAAAACAAACAAAAAAUUAAAAAAUGCAAUACAUACACGUACUCAUAGAUGCAAAGGAAAAUUAAGGAUAAAGGAUGGACAUUGCGUAGCAAAUUUUAAAUGCUUUGUAUUCUAUCAGUUAAAAUCGAAAGCGAAAGUGCAUAACGUAAAAAGCUGGUAAAAUAUUAUAUUUAACUUAAGAUCACACAUACAUGUAUACCAUCUAUAGAACAAUUAUCCCUGAACCCAGCCCAAAAACAAGAAAACAAGAAAUAUAAACAAAACACAAAAGCAAUCCAUGCUACUGUAACAUAUACCAUAUAAUGCAACUUUAAUUUAAAUGUAGUGCAAUUUUUAAAACAAACAAAACGAAAUGCAAUAGGCAGAAAAAAUGAAAAACAAAAUAAAAUAAACAAACAGACAGAGAGAGACAGAUGAACAGUUGAGCAGGUCAGCGGAUAGACAGACACAAAAAAAGCAGGAUAAAAAAUAUGAAAAUUGAUUUUGGAGCCAAGAAGAAUAAAUUUAUUUUUGAAAAAUGUUCAAAUUUUAUUUUUGUUAUUAAGCUGAUUAAUUUCAAAUGAUUCUAAAAGCCUAUUAAUUAAUUUGUAAAGAACCUACGACUAAAAACUAAUAUUUAGAACUUUAACUGUUCGCGUUGUGCGACUAUUGUGAAUUGUUCAAAUUACGGUAUCAACAAUGAUGUCACAAAUAACCCAACAACGGGCUAUGUGAAAUGCAAAGAGAGCAACUGAAGUAAGAAAGAGAAACGAUAGUGAGAGAGAUAAAGAGUGGAAAUCGAGAGAAAAAAAAAACACAAGGAAUUCUUAACCAAAUUGGAAGUACAAACUACAAUCUAGAAUAUGUAUAAACUAUAUAAAAAGAAAAAAAAAAACAAAAACAAAAACAAAAACAAACAAACACAUGAUAUAUGAAUACGCAUAUAUUUUUCGAAUUAAGCGCAG